GCUAUCUCAUUUCGGUGCCACCAAGUCAGUCACUAGUUGUCCACCAGCUUGUUUCGAAGCGAUUUCCGGGCGACUCCAGAACGGAACGUAUCUUUUCACGUGAGCGCAUUGUAUCUUUUCUACUAGCGCUUUAAUUGCUAGUGCUUCUAUAAAGACGUAGUUUUGAAUGAGUGCAUAAUCGUAAAAAUGGUUGCGAACGAGGUGAUCUCUAAUAACAUUAGUGCAAACGGCAGUGCUGAGUGUAAGGGGGGUGAUACGUUGAUAUUUUUCGUUAAUGGAGUAAAGGUGACAGAAAAAAGUCCAGACCCAGAAUGCACUUUACUGACUUAUCUACGCGAGAAGUUGCGCUUAUGCGGUACGAAAUUAGGAUGUGGGGAAGGCGGAUGUGGUGCUUGCACUGUGAUGGUUUCCAGAAUUAAUCGAACAACGAAGGAAAUCCAGAAUCUAGCAGUGAAUGCAUGUCUCACCCCUGUUUGCGCAAUGCAUGGUGCAUCCGUGGUGACUGUUGAAGGCAUUGGAAGCACAACAACUCGAUUGCAUCCAGUGCAAGAACGAAUCGCAAAGGCUCACGGCUCCCAAUGUGGUUUCUGUACGCCAGGAAUAGUUAUGUCCAUGUACGCUCUCCUGAGAAGUUCUCCUACUCCUACAAUGAAGGAAAUGGAAAUCGCAUUCCAAGGAAACCUUUGUCGAUGCACCGGAUACAGGCCAAUUAUCGAAGGAUAUCGGACAUUUACAAAAGAAUACGCAUGCGGUAUGGGUGAUAAAUGCUGUAAAAUUACAGGCAAGACCAGCAAUGGGGAAAUUUUGGAAUCUAAACUUUUCGAGCCAAACGAAUUUAUGCCAUACCAUCCGACGCAAGAACCGAUUUUCCCACCAGAGCUUGCAAUCUCCUCCGACUUAGAUAGAAAUUCCCUGAAAUUUAUAGGUAAACGAGUAACCUGGUAUCGUCCAACUACACUGAAGGAACUGCUGGAAAUUAAAAAUCAGCACAAUGAUGCCAAAAUUGUUGUGGGUAAUACCGAAGUUGGCGUGGAAGUGAAAUUCAAGAAUUGUUUGUAUCCAAUCCUGGUGCAACCCUCACAAGUUCCAGAACUGACCAGCACAGAAGUCACAGAAAAUGGUGUGCGUAUAGGGGCCUCGGUGAGUUUAGAUGAAAUGGGAAAGUUGCUGAAAGCGUGUAUUGAGAAGAACGAGGAGCAUGAAGUGAGGCUGUAUCAAGCUAUCGUAGAUAUGUUGCACUAUUUUGCUGGAAAACAAAUUCGAAAUGUUGCAUCAGUUGGCGGAAAUAUAAUGACAGGAAGUCCGAUAUCAGAUCUCAAUCCAAUUUUCACGGCAGCGGGAAUUGAGUUAGAAGUUGCCAGCUCUCGAGGUCAUCGCAAAGUUCACAUGGGAAAAGGAUUCUUUACCGGUUACCGAAGAAAUAUAAUUGAACCAGAUGAGAUUCUCGUGUCCAUCUUUCUCCCAAAAACACGUCAAAAUCAAUAUUUCAUUGCCUAUAAGCAAGCAAAGCGCAGAGAUGACGACAUAGCUAUUGUUAAUGCAGCCUUUGAUAUUCGCUUUAAAGUUGGGACAAACCUAGUCGAGUCCUGUUCCAUGGCUUUCGGAGGUAUGGCUCCUACCACUGUGUUAGCUCCGAAAACUAGUGAAAUCAUGAAAGGAAUGCCAUGGGACGAAAAACUAGUAGAACUCAUCAGCCAUAAAUUAUUAGAUGAACUCCCCUUGUCAGCAAGUGCUCCUGGAGGAAUGAUUACGUACAGAAGGUCCCUAACCAUAAGCUUAUUCUUCAAAGCAUACUUGGCUAUCAGUCAACAGCUGGGUCCUAAUUUGGUUGAUAACGUGAAACCGAGUGAACGGAGUGGAGCAGAUCUGUUCCACACUAAAAUACCGAAAAGUAUGCAACUUCAUGAAAAACGUACCGAUACUAAAUUUGAAGGUGAUCCUGUCGGAUUCUCCAAGGUGCAUGCGUCUGCAUAUAAACAAGCUACCGGGGAAGCCGUUUACUGCGAUGACAUGCCGAAGUUUGAAAAUGAAUUGUACUUGGGAUUGGUGCUAAGUACAAAGGCACACGCAAAAAUGUUAUCUAUAGAUGCUUCAAAGGCUUUGCAGAUGGAAGGCGUACAUGCAUUUUACUCAAGAGAAGAUAUCGGCGACUUUGAAAAUCAGGUUGGAAGUGUCAUCCACGAUGAGGAAGUGUUUAUCAAAGACACCGUUUUCUCGCAAGGUCAGACGAUAGGAGCAAUAGUUGCUGAAAACCAAACUUUAGCACAAGAAGCCGCGAGAAUGGUGAAAAUCGAAUACCAAGAACUUUCACCGAUAAUUGUGACUAUCGAGGAUGCUAUUAAACAUAAAUCUUUUUUCCCUGGAUACCCCAAAACCAUUGAACGAGGGAACGUAGACGAAGCUUUUGCAAAAGCAGAUUAUAUAGUGGAGAAUGAAUGCCGUAUGGGCGGUCAAGAGCACUUUUACUUGGAAACCCACGCUGCUCUUGCUGUUCCCAAAGAUAGUGACGAAUUAGAGAUUUUCUGCUCAUCACAGCAUCCUUCUGAGGUUCAAAAGCUUACUGCACAUACCUUGAAUAUGCCGUCAUCCAAGAUCACAGUCAGAGUCAAACGAUUAGGUGGAGGAUUUGGUGGAAAAGAGUCCAGAGGAAUUUUAGUGUCAUUGCCUGCAGCCUUCGCUGCUUAUAAACUUAAGAGGCCAGUUCGUAUUAUGUUGGAUCGUAAUGAAGAUAUGUUGAUAACUGGCACGAGGCACCCCUUCUACUUCAAAUAUAAAGUGGCUUGCACUAAGGAUGGUAUGAUAACGGGGUGCGAACUAGAAUGUUACAAUAAUGCCGGCUAUUCGAUGGACUUAUCAUUUUCGGUUUUAGAUCGAGCUAUGUUUCAUUUCGAAAAUGCUUGCUACAUACCUAAUUGUAGAGUGAAAGGUUGGGUAUGCCGCACUAAUCUCCCAUCGAAUACAGCAUUCCGAGGAUUUGGAGGACCCCAGGGAAUGUUUUUGGGUGAGCAUCUUGCACGCGAUGUCGCACGAGUAACAGGAUUGGAUUAUGUUGAUGUGGUUGCUAAGAAUCUGUACAAAGAAGGCGAUCGGACGCAUUACAAUCAAAUCAUAGAGAAUUCGAAUAUUCGACGAUGUUGGGAAGAAUGCCUUAAACAAUCUGAUUUUCAUAAUCAGCGGAAAGAUGUCGAAGAAUUUAAUAAAUCAAAUCGAUGGCGAAAACGGGGCAUUUCCAUAGUAUCUACGAAAUUCGGAAUUGCAUUUACCGCUCCACAUCUCAAUCAAGCUGGUGCAUUAGUCAAUAUCUAUUACGAUGGCACGGUCCUUUUGACACAUGGUGGAGUGGAAAUGGGACAAGGACUUCAUACCAAAAUGAUUCAGGUUGCAUCGCGAACACUUCAAAUUCCUGCUGAUCUAAUUCAUAUUUCCGAAACGUCCACUGACAAAGUGCCCAACACAUCCCCGACAGCAGCUAGUGUGAGCUCAGAUAUCAAUGGAAUGGCCGUAAUGCAUGCAUGCCAGACUUUGAACGAACGACUUAAACCAAUUAAGGAAGCAAACCCUGACGAUGACUGGAAGAUGUUAAUUCACAAGGCCUACUACGGUCGGGUUAGUUUAUCGGCUACUGGCUUCUAUGCAACUCCAAACCUCGGUUGGGAUCCAAGCAUUUACUCUGGCAAACCGUUUGACUAUUUCACUAACGGCGUUGGAUGCUCUGUUGUCGAAAUCGAUUGUUUAACCGGUGACCACCAGGUGUUACGGACUGAUAUUGUUAUGGAUGUUGGAUCUAGUUUAAAUCCUGCCAUAGAUAUUGGCCAGAUUGAAGGUGCUUUUAUGCAAGGAUAUGGUCUGUUUACAUUAGAAGAGAUGAUAUACUCGCCAAACGGAACGAUGUUCUCACGAGGACCAGGAGUUUAUAAGCUCCCAGGAUUUGCGGAUAUUCCGGCGGAAUUCAAUGUUAGUCUAUUGACAGGAUCGCCUAAUCCAAGGGCUGUAUAUUCUUCAAAGGCUGUUGGUGAGCCCCCUCUAUUUUUGGCUGCAUCAGUUUUCUUCGCUAUUAAACAUGCGAUCGAAAGUGCCCGGAGGGAACGCAACUUAGACCCGCAUUUCAAUCUAAUAUCCCCAGCGACAUCAGCCCGAAUCCGUAUGGCAUGUGAGGACCAAUUCACUAAGAUGAUACAAGAAGAACCAGUUGGAUCAUAUGUGCCAUGGAAUGUUAUGCCUUAAUUUUGUGAAAUAAUUUACACAAUACUUUUUUACGUUAUACUUUAGAUU